AUGGCCGUUCGUACUCCAAUCCCCACCCCCCUGCUUCACCCCCCCCUUCUUCCCCACAUCCCCCCAAUUCCCCUUCCCUCUACUCUUCACCUUUUCGAAGCCCAUGCAUGCUGCGAGCCCAUCCUAUCAUCCUCACCUCCCUGCUUCCCCGCCCACUUCCCCGCCUGCUUUCCCCCACUCUCCCCCCAUCCCCCAUCCAUCCACAGUUCCUUAGACACCAGUGCAUGCUGUGACGACCCACCUCCAAUCAACGGCCUUCUGCUACAGUGUGGUAUCAUCCACAUCAUACCCGCCUCACCUCUCUGCAUCCUGUAUUCAUCUCUCUCCCCUAUCCCCUUUUCCAUUCCGCAACCCCUCGUCUUUCUAUUUACCCCGUACCCCUUCCAUGCCCUCCAUUCAUCACCCCUCCCUCCACCGACCACCUUCAUCUGUAGGUAG